CACACCAAUGACAGAGACAUUGCCUCUGGGCCAAAGCGCCACUAAUAAAAGUUUAAUAAAAAAAUAAAAUAAAAUAAAAUAAAAUACUUAAACCGAGAAACCCUUCACUUUAUAAGCCUACACACAACAAAUAUAUUAAUGAGGAAAUUAUAUUAAAGGGUAAAGGGAUCUCAGUAGGGUUGAGGUUAAGUUGGUCCAGAAGGGCUCACACCACUGUGGUCAACAAGGGAAGGCAGAUUGUUUAUUAAGGGGGUUCAGAUUUUCUGAAAGGUUGCAGGUUUCAUUAUGACAUUAUAUGGGGCAUUUUAAGGCACAAGGGCAUUUAUCCAGUGCCUAAGUGAUGGGGAAUCAGAAUUGAUUUUUUAAAAAGUAUUUCUCAUAGGCGUUCUCUAGUAGGGUAGUAGUGUCCUGGUCCAUUUGGUUGGUUUUACAUGUUCUGUAGACCAUAUUUCUAUCAAUUUUGUGUAACCUUAAGUGGCGUAGUAUGUCAUGAUUAUAUUGUAUAGUAUAUUUCACCUUUGUUGUGCAAUUUCUGUUGAUUGAUACUUUUUUUUUUCAUACUUUCACAAUACCUAUUUUUUUUAGGUCUUUUAAUACUAGGCAACUUCAUCUGCAUCCCUACAAGAUGUUGUCGUCUACAACCACUACCACCGUUCCCAUCUCCCUCAAUACCCCACGUGAUCCAUCCCUCACAGUGACCCCCACCUCCCACCACGUCGCCAUGCAAACCUACUGGACAGAGGUGGAGAGCAUCGAGGAAGAACGAGAAGAGGAGGAGGAGGAAAGUAAAAGUGUAGAUGAGGUGGACAUGGAGGAAGCCUGGUUGAUGGGGGCGGGGUUGUCCUCGCUGGUGACAGGCUCCUUUGAGGAGGACACGUCACUGACAGCGGAGGCGCUGUUGUCCACUCUAACCCGUCAGCAGGCAGCAACGGUAAAGAACAGGCUGGAUAAUUACAACGAGACGCUGAGGAAAAAAAAUAGGCAGCCAGUCAAAGACGUCCGAGACAUUUUUACUCAGUCCAGGGAUGACCCAACAGACUCAUGCUCCUCACCCACCUCGGAGUACAGCCAGUCACCCACCAGAUAUCAUGUGACGACAAAGACAAUACGGCGGACAACACAGAGGGUUCGACCCUCCCUGCACUCCUUGUUUUUUGAUGCUGGACUGAUGGAAGAUGCAGACUCGGUGGCACUAAGCCCGCUCCCUCCUCACACUCAGCCACCACCUGUCACUCAGUCAAGACAAGCUGAUUGGCUGGUCAGAGACUCCUCGUACUCAGACGGUGUGGACGAGCACAAACAGGGUGGGGCCUGUUGGGACUGUCUGCAUUCCCAGGGUGACGACAACAGUGACGUGCCAUUCGUACCUAUUGCGCCCUCACAGGGUCUCACUUGCACUGAUGACCUUUCAUCAUGUGACCUCACUCAGCUCAGCUUUAUCUCGCACAUUGAACUAUCAACGUUUCUAUUUGCGCUGGGCAUUCAAAGCAAGGAGACACGCCAGCCGCGCCACAGAAGCCAAGACACUGGUGUUUUUGGGGUUCCCUUGAAGGUUCUGUUAGAGAAUGACAGGAAGAAAUUCCCCGGAGUUAAGGUUCCUGUUGUCUUUCAGAAGUUGCUGUGUAUUGUGGAACAGACGGGUCUCCAGACUGAGGGGAUUCUCAGAGUACCAGGCUCGGCAGCUAGAGUUAAGCACUUGCGUAAAGAGAUAGACAGAACUUGUGGGACCGUAGACUGGUCAACGGUCACACACGUGGAGGCUGCAGCCCUGCUCAAGCUUUUCAUCAGAGAACUGCCGACCCAUUUGCUUACUCACAGUCACCUGGGCAGCUAUCAAGCAGUGCUGAGAAUUUCUUCAGUCGUUCAUCAGGUCCAGGCUCUUCAGCUUCUCACUCUUCUACUUCCUGAAGAAAACCGACAAAUGCUUCGAGCUCUGCUGCUUUUCCUGCGUCAGGUGGUCUCACACCAGGACCACAAUCGGAUGUCUCUGUGGAAUGUCUCCCUGGUGAUGGCUCCCAAUUUGUUUACCUGCUGCCAUCGCCACAAGCAGAAAGCUGCCAGACAACUGGAGGAAAUGGAAGAUGCAGUGGGCGGGGCUCAGCUAGUGCGACUGAUGAUCACGCACCAGGAGCUGCUGUGGACAGUUCCAAAGUUCCUGUUGUCGCAGGUAAGACAGGUGAACCAGGUCAGCGGUCAAAAACAGUUUGGUCUGUCGAAAGCAAAGCGAAGACUCUUGAGGAGGAAAAACGACAAAAACCACAGAGACCAGAUAACAGAGCUGUGUGAAGGUGUGAUCCGAGUUCAUGCACCGUUACACACCAAGGUUUCCACGGCAAUACAACUGGACGGUCAAACCAAAGCCAGAGAUGUCACUGCUCACUUUCAGUGUGAAAACAGUCCUGUUCAGUAUUUAUACGAAGUGGGUGGAAACAUCUGUGAGCGUCGUCUUCAUCCAGACUGCGUUUUAUUGGAGGUCCACAGGGUCAAUCCUCACUGUGAUUGGCUGAUCAAACCAUGACGCGGACAAUUUCCAUCACUACCUGUCCAGGAGAACUUUUAAAAUGUCUCACCACCACAGGUGUUUGACAAUCUGGAUCUUGUCUCACAAAGUGCCUUACCGUCAAUCUUGCAUCUCAGUACCUAUUUAGUCACAGAACAACCCGAGCAACCAAGCUACCUGUCUUACCUUCUUUGAAUCCUGGGAGCGAAACCAACUAUUAAGAGUUAAGAUUUAUUAUCACUCAAUUUAAACUAAAAUCGUACCUUUUUGAAAUAAGCAAAAACAAAUGCAUCAGAACUCAAUGUACCAGAAAAUGACAUUACCAGGAAACUGUGAUCUUCUCGACUGCAGUUCCAAGGCACAAAAUAAAACUGAACACUAACUGUAAUCCAAAAUUAUGCUGAGAAAGAGAAAGAAGAAUUAUGGUGCAGACUUUGAGAGUAAGAGUAAAGAAUAAAAAUAUGUGGUCAUACUAAAACAGGAAGCCCCGACAAAACAGAUGGAAAUGUGCUCGCCCUUAAAUUUGUUCUCCUGAAUUUGUCCCAUGCAAUGUUUCUACUAUUUAGAUGAUUUAUUUAGAUGAAUCCAUGAAGCACAUUAUGUAUUACAGAUUAUUUAAGGAAUAAACACAAGUGACUAUUAGCUAUAGCAGAUGCCAAAACAAUACAAAUGAACUGAAUGGGUGGAGAACAAGGUGGAUAUUUUGUCUUUUUAUUUUAUUUUAUUUAUUUAUUUAUUUAUUUAUUUAUUUAUUUUUGCACUAAACCAACUACCAUAAAGUUGACUGAUUUCUUUACACACUAUCAUUGACUGGUCUGAUCGGCAGUACGCAUUUACUGAACUCAUUUACUGGAAAUACCUAAACCUGGGGUGGUAAAGUGUUCCAGAAAAAGGGCAGCUGUAGCAGCAGGUUUUUGUUCCAACCAAUCAGCAGCACACCUGACUUGGCCCUUUUAAUCAACGUAUCUGAACCUCCAGACAGCUGAUAGGUCAGUCACUGUGCUCUGGAUAGGUUGGAACCAAACCCCUGUAACCACAGUGGCCCAUUGUGGAACUGUUUGCCCCUGACCUAAACUGUCUCUUUUGCGUGGUGACGAUAUUAUACGACUACAGUAGCCUCUGGAUAUGGUUGCACCAAAAUAAAAAUCCUUGGGGGAAAUACAAAA